AUGCCAGUCCUCAACGUUCCUCGACACCUCCGGCGUCCGCCUCUACUCAGAGCACCCAGGGCGACCCGUAUAAUGCCCAACGCUCCUCCGCAGCUCGUAUUCAGCAAUGACAUUGCCCAGAUGGACGAAUGGGCGCGGCGUACAGGAAUUCCUCUCACCACUGCUGAGGCACUCGGCACCAACUAUGCGCGGGCGCGUCGUUGGAUGCUAUCUAUCCGGACGCAGUUGGUCCAGAAUCUAGGAUGGCGAGAUGUAACACCCUUGGAUCCUCGCCUCCUGCUCGAUAUCGAAUGCCCGUCGCCAUAUCGUUCAGCGAAUGGCCUUCCCCGCAGUCCCAAUUUGCGCUUGCAGAUUCCCGCAAAUGCCUCUUCCUUCUUUUCGCGAGAGAGACGCGUGCAAUGGGAAAUGGUCUUCCACAGUGCACUUUUCCCCGGCAUGCGUCAUACGGUCCCUGCUAUUGGAGAUCUCUUGCAUCUCCUCCAGUGCCUUCUGACUGGCAUGAUCGUUCUUGUCAAGGAGGAGCAGGUACCAGGAGUAGGUUUGGAGAGGACGAUACGGGCGUUGCCCCCUGUCGAAUGGGUACACUCUCAUGAAGCAACACUUACAGAAAUCCUCGGACCCACGCACUUCCGUCAGCUUUUUAAGGCUGCUGGUGAUAAUCGCAUUGCCUUCAAGCUCGAGCGCGACCCACGACGAUAA